GGAGAGGGAGUGAGGGAGAGUUGUAGGAAGAAGACUGUGCUGCUAGGAAGGAGACAGAGAGAGAGAGAGAGAGAGAGAGAGAGAGAUCUCUAUCUAUCUUGUUGGUGAGAUCAGCAGCUGAAAGGCAAAAUCUUUGCAGAUGGGGAGGGAGGUUGCCAGCUUACGUAUCGACAAGAAAGCCAAUGUUGCCAAUUUAAAACCAAAUUGUACUGGUUAUGGAACAGUUGACAUUAAUGGCUCGGAGGCACUUGGAAGAGACGCGAAUAUUGAGGAUUGCCGUGAGAAGCAAGAUGUGCUAUCUGUUAAGAUCACAAAUUGUGAGGCCGGUGAGCCUGAGGGAAAAGUUGUGAAAGCUGACACUCUAAAGUUGAGUGAUAAGAAGUCGAACUCAACCGUGAAGCCUGCCUCGGAGUCUGCUAUUGUAGAUGCAACUUUAGACACAAACCCUGAUAUGUUGAAGUCCCCCGGCCCUGGUCUUGUUGCCAAGCAUCAUGCUAACGGUGUUGAGGCUACUGAUACUGGUUCGAACUGCUCUUCGAAAUCAAAUGAUCUGCACUCCCCGUUGAGUGCAAAAAGGUCACAGCAAACUCCACUGGUGUCAAGAAAACUGCAGCAGCUGGAUGAUAGGAAACACCAUGACGAAGAAGAUAUUUGGUCCUUGGCUUCUUCCUUGUAUAGUGCUGCAGCAUCUGUGAGAACUCUCAGGUCUAAAAUCACUGUUCCAGUUGCUCCAACUUUUAAAUCUGCAGAUCGAGCUGCAAGACGCAGAGAGUUUUACUCAAAGUUGGAGGAAAAACACAAAGCUUUGGAAGCAGAGAAACAAGAAUGUGCUGCCAGAACUAAGGAAGAAGAGGAAGCAGUUAUAAAGCAGCUUAGAAAGAACAUGGUCUAUAAGGCAAAUCCAGUUCCAAGCUUUUACCACGAAGGACCUCCACCAAAAGCCGAACUUAAGAAACUACCUCUCACUCGUGCAAAAUCGCCCAACCUUACACGGAGAAAAAGCUGCAGUGAUGCUGUCGUUUCUCCAGAAGUGAAGCAAGUUUGUGGUCGGGGUCGUCACAGCAUUGGCGCGUACAGGCAAGGGAACACGAGCGCCGUAACUCCCAAAAGUAAAGGCCCGGUGAACGGAGAGAAUGGUAAUGGAACUAGCAGUGCCAAACCAGUAAAGGUUACAAGGAGAACUCCAGCCAAGGGGAGAAAGGAAACUCCUGCAAACGACUCGCCAGCGAAGGAAACGAAUGCAAGUCCAACUAACGACGUAAAGGAAACUCCAGCCGAAGAGGUAAAGGAAAGUAAUUGUGCUGUUAUAGAUUUUCAGGCGAGCGGGCAUAUUGCUGCUCAAUCAUGAAGCAAUUUAGCUCCUAUUUUUUGUGUUUCUGAUUGUACUUUUAGAGGAAAACGAACUGAACUCCUUAAAAUGGUCAUUUCCUUGGUUGUUGGCAAUGACUUGUUGAUCAAUCUGUGUUGUAAAUUGUGUAGCAGUGUGUGUUUUUUUGGUACAUAUUUGAUGAAGAAGAGAGACAUGGAGGCAUGGACUGACUUGUUUAUAAACGCACUUCAACUUUUUUUUGUCUGAU